AUGUCGCUCGAGGCCCCCACAUACCUGGCCUCGCUCCAGAAUAACAUCCGGCAACGGCCGAUUCCCUGGGAUGGCGCUGUAAGGUCCGGACUCGUUACCGACAGUCAGCUUGCCUUGAUUCGCGCUCUCGAUCGUGCCAAGAAGACCGAGUUGAAGAAAUCCAUCAUCGAAAAUGAUCUCGACGGCUAUACUGCGUUGUGGGUCGGCGAUAAGGCAGCCUCGCGGCUGAGCGUCCUCGAGUCGGCAGCGAAACAACCAGCCAUUAUACAGUAUCUCCUUGUGCUCCUUGGUGACCUUAUAGAGUGUGCUCCCACUUUAGCAAAGAGCCUCCUUCUCUCGGAUGACCCAUAUCGAAGCCUCCGACCACUUCUUCUACAUUCAAAGACCCUAGACGAUCCCAUUCCUCUUCUCGCAUCGAAAGUCAUAACCGGAAUCAUGGCAGCCGCUCGUGACGGGUCCGCUGCCACCAGACAAGCUCUUCCCGAGACCCUAAGCUACCUUUCCGAGCUUGUCGAGAGCAACGAUGCGCCGAAGCAAGAUAUCGCCAUCCAACAAUUCUCCGCUAUUCUCUACUCGCGUCAGACCCGCCGUCAGUUUUGGGACCAGCGGAACGAGACCGUUAGGCCCAUGAUAGAUAUUCUCCGGUCGGCUGCCGGCGUUGGGUCCCAGAGCUCGACCUCAAGCUUGUGGAGCGGCAGCGCCACCCUCCGCCCAGCGACAGAUGCCCAGCUGAGCGGCGGCGUUGGCUUACAACUCUUAUAUCACGUCCUGCUCGUGUUGUGGCAGCUGAGCUUUGACUCCUCUGAAAUUGGCGAUGCCCUAAACGAUGAAUAUGACAUCGUCAUCCUAUAUACUCAGCUUCUGCGGGUUUCUCCCAAGGAGAAGACCUCUCGACUCAUUAUUGCCACACUCUGGAAUCUGCUCGAAAAGAACCAAAGAUCCCUGCUUCCGACGGCCGUCCUCGCGAGGCUCCCCAGUCUACUUGAUAACUUAACUGGUCGCCACUUCACCGAUCGCGAUCUCCUGGAAGACCUCUCCUCGCUCAAGGAGCUCCUCGAAGACUAUACUAGGACUAAGACUACCUUCGACGAAUACGUAGCAGAGGUCAACUCCGGCCAUCUUCGCUGGUCGCCACCCCAUAGGAACGCAAUGUUUUGGGCGGAGAACGCCAGAAAGAUCCUCGAAUACGAGAACGGGUCACUUCCUAAGAAGCUCAAGGAUAUCAUGAACAGGUCGUGGGACCAGGACAAGGCUGUGCUUGCUAUUGCCUGCAACGAUAUAGGUUGGCUUGUACGGGAGGCGCCCGAAAAGAGGCAUCAGCUUGAGAGGCUAGGACUGAAGAAGCGCGUCAUGGAGCUUAUGGAUGAGACUGAUGAGAACGUUAGGUGGGAGAGCUUGAGGGCGCUUGGAGGGUGGUUGAAGUAUAGCUUUGAGAGCAGCAAGUAA